GCAUGCAGGUGAACUUCGAAGCUUUUAGAGGUGAUACAGAGUAAAUGAGACCGUUUGUUUCCUUAAUUUCAUCUACUUGACUUAUGCAAUAAGAGGGAAAAUACUUCCUGACAGAAGUAUUCUUGACGUACUUACUGGGUUUGUUCUCUGCGUGAAUCGGGUUUGUUCUUUAGAUUACAGCACUGAUGUGGUGAUCAGCCCCGUUGAAAGGGAGCCCACUGCCAGAAGGCGCAUCUUCCAGAGAGGAAGGGGCUCUGAGCUGGGGUGCCGGGGCAGCGUCCUUGGUGAAGGUUGGGCUUCAUGGAUGUCCUGUCUGUUGGGUUCUGGAUCACAUGUAAUGAAGCUUUACUGUUACAAGUUACAAAUGGCUUUGCCUCCUGGUGCUUGGACUGUGUGUCAGUGAAAACCCAGAAGACAGUUGACAGCUGAGCUAGUGACAAUGGCGUCACAGGAAGCAGUGUCCUUCAAGGAUGUAGCUGUAGACUUCACCCAGGAAGAGUGGGCCCUGCUGGACACACCCCAGAGAAAACUGUUCACAGAGGUGAUGCUGGAGAGCAUCAGUCAUCUGGUUUCGAUUGGCAGUCAGCUCUACAAAUCAUACGUGAUUUCCCAUUUCAAGGAGGGAGAGCCACUUUCAAGAGAAGGGAUUGGUGUUCUGCAAGGCCCAAGUCCAGGUGAGCACCAGAGGCUGUGCUUCAGGAAGAGAAAGAGCCUUGUCGUCAUUUCAGAAAGGAGAGAUGAUUUUAAAAAACAAGAAAUAUUAUCCACUCAACAUUUUCACAAGAAGGACACAUCCCUGAUCAGUGCAGUGAGAUUUUACACUCAAGAAGAGCCUUUUGAAUGUAAUGAUUUGGGAGAAAAGUGGACUGAAAUCUUAACAUUGACUCGGUGCAUGAUACCUCACAUGGGAAAGAAACCCCAUAUCAUACAAGAAUUUAGAAAAGUGAUCAAUUACUUUAAUCAACAUAAACAAAUUGAUGCUAGAAAUAAAUUGUUUGAAUGUCAACGUGGGAAUGCUUUGAUCCAACUCUCAGCCGUUAGACAACACAGUAAUACUCAAAAUGGAGAGAAGUCAUUUGAAUGUCAUGUAUGUGGGAAAUCCUUUGGUAACAGUUCUAACUGUAGACGACAUGAGAUUAUUCACACUGGAGUGAAACCACAUGGAUGUCAUCUAUGUGGAAAGGCCUUCACUCAUUGUUCUGACCUAAGAAAACAUGAAAGAAUUCACUUUGGAGAGAAACCAUAUGGAUGUCAUCUGUGUGGGAAAGCCUUCAGUAAAAGUUAUAACCUUAGCCGACAUGAGAUGAUUCACACUCGAAAGAAACCACAUGAAUGCCAUCUAUGUGGGAAGGCCUUUACUCAGUAUUCUGACCUUACAAAACAUGAAAGAACUCACUUUGCAGAGAAACCAUAUGGAUGUCAUCUAUGUGGGAAGACAUUCAGUAAGCCUUCUUACCUUAGACAACAUGAGAGAACUCACAAUGAAGAGAAACCACAUGAAUGUCAUCUAUGUGGGAAGGCCUUUACUCAUUGUUCUCACCUUAGAAAACAUGAGAGAACUCACACUGGAGAGAAACCAUAUGAAUGUCAUCUGUGUGGAAAAGCCUUUACUGAUUCUUCUGUCCUGAAACGACAUGAGAGAACUCAUACUGGAGAGAAGCCAUAUGAGUGUCAUAUAUGUUGGAAAGCCUUCACUGAUUCUUCUGUUCUUAAACGACAUGCGAGAACUCACACUGGAGAGAAGCCAUAUGAGUGUCACCUCUGUGGGAAAGCCUUCAAUCACUCUUCUGUCCUUAGACGACAUGAGAGGACUCACACUGGCGAGAAACCAUAUCAAUGCAAUAUAUGUGGGAAAGCCUUCAACAGAAGCUAUAACUUUGGACUACAUAAGAGAGUUCACACUGGAGAGAAACCAUACAAAUGUUAUCUGUGUGAAAAAGCCUUCAGUAAACAUUUUAACCUUAGACAGCAUGAGAAAACUCACACUGUAAAGGUUAUAAAUGUGGAAGAUUCACUACCCGUUGAUUCAGACUCUAAACACCCUUAAAGGACUCACAUGUUGGGGGGGGGGGAAAGCAGUUUGUAAUCCGUGUGGAAGAGCCUUUUUUCAUCCUUACUUCAUUCAAUUGAAGUUAAAUAAAUAUGGGGAGAAUCCA